AUGCGAGGGCGAGGGCGACCACCGGAGGCGCCGUCGGGAUCUCCUUCGGAUCCCGCUGUUUUGCCGUCACCGCUGCGGAUCGCCCCAGCCUCGGCACCCUCCUCGGCUCAGCCCGAUCCCAUCCAGCGAGAUCAGAUCGUGGCUGGGUGUGAGGCGGACGUGCGUGCGGAGUGGGGGUUGCGUUGGGCUGUGCGUUUCCGAGAUGGCCAUGGAGAUUGGAUCGCCGGACGUCUGCACCAUUCGCCGGCAUCUCGAUGGACGACGCUGCUGGAUCUGGACAACGACGUCCGCACCGGCGAUUAUGUGACGAUAGGCGACCAGGUGAGGGUUGGUUCUAAUUUGCGGAUUGAUGUCUAUGACGUGGUUGUGGAGCAUCGUAUGCAGAUGGUUGCGGAUGUGGCAAGCCCGAUCGAGCUUCUCGACUCGUCCUCGGAGUCUGACGGCGGGGAGCUCGGUCGGCGGGGGGAGCCUGGGGGCGCGACCUCCGUGAUCCACGCGGGGCCGUCGCCUGGCUCAUCCGGAGAUCGACGGCGGGUGGGGGGCCGGUUUUGGGCACUCGCUGAUGCCGACGAUGAAGACGAGGAUGAGGAGGCCGAAGCGGCGCAACCUUCUCCAGCGUCGCCGACCCCUUCCGAUCUGCUGUGUGAGUUUUUGUGUGCAGAGUACGAUGAAGAUGAGGUCGCUUCUACGGUCAACAACAUCUUGCCCGUUGAUGAUCCGGCUCGGGUUGGGCUUCAUGCGAGGGAGACCAAGGAGAUGUUACGUCGGGUGGUUCACCGGAGAACGGCGGCGUCGGUGAUCCGGCCGUGGAAGGGUCCGCUACCUAAGGUAUGUCUACCGAACUUAAUGUUAUUUGAUCUCAUACGACCGAAAUCAUGGACUAAGGUGACUAGGAGAAAGAAUGCUCGCCGGGCAGGGCCGCGAUCGGCGCCGGAGGGGGCCGCGGCUUCGUUGCCGGCGGCCACGGCGAUCCCGAUCCGUGCCGCUCGCCAGGAGCGUUUGAAUCAGCUCCUGGGCCGAGUUGCGCCGAUGCAUGUUGGGCCGCUGGGUACGUUUGGGCAAGUGUCUGGUGGGUAUGAGGCCCAGCCAGACGAGGCUCCAAACGCUAUCGAGAGGAGGGGCGCAUGCAUGUCGUCUUCGUCAUCGCCUACUCCUCCAUCGUGCUUUAGGGUUUCACGGCGUCGCGUGCCGCACUUUCGCUCCGUCGGUCCUGGCCGGGCUCGCCGCAUCCCUCCCCUUGGUGCGAUGGGGGGUUCGGGUGGUGCUCCUCCACCUGGGAAGCGACUGCUCCCGCCCAGUGGGGCUUCUCGGGCCUCCGGGGCGCCGCCGCCGGGCCAAGGCAAUGGCCGGGGCGCGCCGCCCCCGGGCCAGGGCAAUGGCCGGGGCGCGCCGCCGCCGGGCCGAGGCAAUGGCCGGGGCGCGCCGCCGCCAAGCCAUGGAAGUGGCAGGGGCGUUUUGCCGGCGCCGGUUGUGGCUGUCGGCCGCGCGGCUGUGAAGCCUCUCAAGGACGCUGCGGGGCGCGGGUCAGGGGGCCAGGCUGCGACGCUUCCGGCUGGCGGGGUUGCCGUGGGGAGGCCGCCGGCUCAGACGGUGCCGUCGGGCGGGCGAGGGGGACCGGGCUACGGCCCUAGACCGGUCGUCCAGGACAAUACUGCGGUGGUCGCUGCGGGCCGGGGAGCUGCACCACCAAGGCCACCAGCACCUCCUCCCCAUGUUGUUGCUCGUCCGCCCGGGCCGUCGCAGUCCAGCGGUACUGUGGCUGCGCCCCGAGGUCAAUGGGGGGAUGACGGCUACGAUACCUACGGGACUGGUCAGCACCGUGGCUCUUCGUCCACGGGUGGCGGUCGUGGUUAUGCUUGGCAAAGUGAUGGGUCAGUUGAGAGGCCAUUCUUGGGUCCUUCAGGCGGCUUCGUUGAGGGGCCUUCUGAUCCGGGUCUUCGGCAGCGAGGAGGUUUCCGAGGCCAUCGUGGUGGUCGGGGCGGCCGUGGGGGCCGGUACCGUCCAUGUCCUCCGCUACCACCUGUUGUUGUCGACCAUAUGGCAGUUGAUGAGACUGUCGAGGAGCCUGUACUGACCGGUCACGCCAUGGAGGUGGUGACGGCUCUUGCUACGGUUCAGGCUCCUAAGAACGAGGUUAUGACCGAUGUGUCUGCGGAGUUGUCUGAUAUGGCUGAGGUUGAUAGGGCGUCCAAGUGGGCACGCAGGAAGGAAAAGAUGCUUUGUUAUCGUUGCGGCGACAAGGGCCACUUCAUUGCGGAGUGUGUGGCUCUGUUAUGUGAUACCUGCGGUAAACUGGCACAUGACUCUGGGGAAUGUCCGUUACUGCGAGAUCAGGCUCCGUCACUCAUGAUGUAUGGAGUUUACUGUGCUGAGUUAACUUUUUUUGAAUCUCCAAAUGAGCGAGAGGUGUCUGAUGAGUCCACGAGUAUGACCACGGGGAUUGUCAAGGUCACCAGAGGGGAGGUGUCUGAGACACAGAUCGUGCAGAGGCUCCGAGAGUUGGCCCCUGGGGAUUUCCAGUGGGACCUUGUCAGUCUCGCUGAUAAGAUGUUCAGGGUUGAGUGUCCUUCCGUGGAGGAUCUGCAGAGGUUGUUGAGCUUUGGGAUGUGUAAGGUGCCGGGAACGGAUGGCAUCCUUGAGUUUCAGGAGUGGAAGCAUAUUGAGCCUCAGGGCGUGCCGCUUACUCAGGCAUGGUUGCGAUUUUCAGGGGCUCCCUCUAAGCCGCUGCAGGAUGCUCGGGUUGUGGCCAGCAUGGGCAUUUUAGUAGGGAAGCCUGAGGGUGUGGACAUGGAGUUCACUAGAGCUCACGGGAUUGCUCGGGUUCUGGUUAGUAUAUUGAACAUUGAGUAUGUGCCAGAAGUGGUUAAGUGGGCUUAUCGAGGCAGGAUUUAUAAUCUGGUUAUUGAGUUUGAGGAUGAGAGCCUGCUGGUUGCGCCGGCUCAUGAGUCUAACGUGGAUAUGCAUGAGGGUGAUGACGGCGCGGGAGAGCAGGAGCCGCCAGUCGAGGACUCUGGACGACAACUGUCCAAGGGGUCGGGGUCCGAGACCGCGACGACCGGGGAUGGAGCAGCCCCACCCUCCUCGGUGCCUUCGACGACUCUGAGAUUUGGGUCUUUCGAGCCCUCUUCUGCACCUCCGAGACUGUGGAGUGAUCGGGUCGAGUCUGAGGAGGCUUUUGAGCGCGAGUUGCCUGUUUUGGGGUUUGAGUGUGUUGUGGAUACCAUUCGUGGGGGUCUUGGGGGUUCUGCGAUCUCGAUCUGGGGAGAUGAGGAGGUGAGUCGGCAGGUGGCCACUCCCCCUCUUGCUCAGCACACGGUACAUCCUCAGGAGGUGACGUAGCUUGUCGUGCCCGGCUCGUCAGGUGGAGCCCCGGGGCAGGCGGCCUCGGGAUGCUCCCAUUCUGCCGAGGAAGGGGACUUGGGGCAGGAGGCUCCCGUGUCCUUUUCUUCGUUGGGAGGGGGUCUGGGGCAGGAGGCCUCUGAUACCUUCUCUCCCGUCGCGUCUACCAUUCGGAUCGUGGCGCCUUCGGGAGAGGGCUCGGGGCAGGUGGCCUCGGAGCCUUCUCCCCCUACGGCGCCUGUGGGGGUGGCUUCUCCGGUGCUGGGAGGGGUGCGAGGGCAGGCGGCCCUUGUACUGCCUCCACCACCCUUCCUGCCGGCCCCGUCUUGCGGGGCGCGCUAGGAGUCUGAGAUCUUGGUGAGUGCCCAUCCACUCUCUGGCGAGGUUGUGGGUGAGACCGUGCAGAUGGAUCGGCCUGCUGGUUGGGGUGAGGCAGGAGGCCGGACCCCGACCGCGAUCUCUCGUGAGGAGGUCAUUACGUUUGGAGGGAUUCAGGAUCCGAUGUCUGAGGGGCGCCGGGUGAGUGGCCGUCUCCAGGCACAGCCAGACGUGGACGACAUUCAGCAGCGGUGCGCCAUGAGGGCGGCUAAGCUUCGUGACGUCGAGGUCACUACUGGUUGUAUUCCGUGCUACGGCGCUGAUCCGUAUGUGGUCCUUACUCACUCCGACGGAGGCCAGGGAGCGUUUGGUUACUGGAUCUGUCCGUUGGGAGAUGGUAGCGCGGGAUAUCUUCAACCGGUUUGGAUGGCGGUCAUAUAAUAUGAUAGGCAAUUAGUUUUCCUAUCUUUAUUUUGCCUGCCGGUUGUGGCUUGAUGGCCUUUUCUUGUUUUAGCGUCGAGGCUCUAUGUGAGCUCGCCUUCAUUUUAUUUCAAGACUCUAUGACUUUGUUGAACCUUUUUAUUUAUUUAAGUGGCCGUAUGCAUCGUUCUGAUGCAGAGGCCGGGGAGUCCCCCUUUUCUAAAA